UCCUACGUCAUCACAUGGCGAUUACAUUUUGUAAACAGUCAGCAGCAGUUCGUAGGGAGAAAGAAAGAAGCCAUGGAUGAUCUUGUGAAGGUUCACGGGGGCGGCGGUUAUGACUCUGACUUCAGUGAUGAAGGUGGACAGGGAGAGUCCUCACAGAGAGGCCUUAAAAGGAAACAUGAGGAGGAAAUCUUACAGAAGCCGUUUCAGAAAGGUCGCCACUCUAAGGUGGCUCACCGCAGCUUGCACUCAAAUGAAGUGGACAGAGAAGAAGCCCGGAACAGACGAGCCCAUCUGAUAUCCAUGAACGCUUUUGAGCGGCACAAGAAGUUUGUCGGUGAUUACAUACUGUACUACGGAGGACAGAUGGUUGACUUCAAGCGCUCAGCAGUCAAGGACAAAACAGAUCUAGACGUGCUGCGUGAAAACCAUCGUUUCCUCUGGAGGGAUGAGGACGAGGAGGACAUGACAUGGGAAAAAGAAUUGGCCAAAAAGUAUUAUGACAAGCUGUUUAAAGAAUACUGCAUAGCUGACCUCAGCAGAUACAAGGAAAACAAGUUUGGAUUUCGAUGGCGGACAGAGAAUGAAGUUGUCGCUGGAAAAGGUCAGUUCCAGUGUGGAAACAAACGCUGCGAGAAGGAGGAAGGCCUCAAAAGCUGGGAGGUGAAUUUUGCCUACGUUGAACACGGGGAGAAGAGAAACGCACUGGUCAAACUCAGACUUUGCCCUGAAUGCUCUUUCAAACUCAACUACCAUCACAAGAGGAAGGAGGUGAAAGCAAAACCAAAGACUAAAAUGCUCUUGGAUCAGAACCAGAAGCCAGCGAAAGCAAAAACAAAGAAGAAAAAGAGAUCGUCGUCACAUUCGAAGAAGCACAAACACAAGAAGCACCGAGAUCGCUCCACCUCUUCCAGCAGCUCAGAGGAAUUGCAAAACUCGGAUAAAGACUCUGACGCUGGGGAUGAGCCAGAGGACCAAUCAGAAGGCGACCACUGGCGAGGACCUGCCCCUGCAGUGGAGGAAAAGUCGAGGGAGGAAGAGUUUGAUGAGUACUUUGAAGACAUGUUUCUUUGAAUCCGCUGGUAUCAGUGGCUUCCCUGCUGUGACUACACUUCUGUGUGUCUUCUGAAUACUUAAAGGUGUUCUGUUUGAGUCUUGACUGUAUGUAGGUUUAUUUCACUGCGAGUUCCAUUACUGCCAAUGAAAUAAACAUCGUGUUUACAUGGCCUGUCCCUGUCACCUUCUCUUUAUAUCUGUUUUUGUUUUUAAUGUUGCAAAUUUUACCAUUUUAGUGUCCCUUUUUACGACCCAGCACACAGAGGAAAUACUCUUUUUCUUUUCAGCCGUGGAGCUUGCCCCUUGCUUAUGAUGCAUAACUUAAUUAAGUCUUAAUUCAAUAACCUUGUCCCCAUGUCCCAUUUGCAACUAAACCUGCAUAUAUGAUUGUUUUGUGAAGUGUUGCAUAAGAGUCAAACCUUCUGCUCUUUAAAAAAAAAGGAUUAUCUUUAACUGCAGAGGGGAACUACAUGUUGCUGGGGAUUAAAGACCUUGGCUUAAAUAAAGACAAUUACCACAUA